CGCGCGGCCGCCAUCGCUCGCCGCGCACCUUCCGCGGAGGCCUGCCGGACGCUCUAUCCCGGGGAAGUUGGAGGGCCAUGGCGGAUUCGAAACUUCUGGCACCAGAGCUAAGCGACACAGAGUCGAUGGGUGACGACACGACUCGGUUUCAGGAGCUGCUGCUGCAGGCUUCCAAAGAGCUCCAGCAAGCCCAGACAGCCAGGACAGAAUCUACACAGAUCCAGCCCCAGCCUGGUUUCUGCAUAAAGACCAACUCGUCGGAAGGAAAGGUCUUCAUCAACAUCUGUCACUCUCCCUCUAUCCCUCCCCCGGUGGACAUGACUGAGGACGAACUGCUUCAGAUGUUGGAGGAGGACCAAGCUGGCUUCCGAAUCCCCAUGAGCCUGGGAGAGCCACAUGCUGAGCUGGAUGCAAAAGGCCAGGGCUGCACUGCCUAUGAUGUCGCCGUCAAUAGCAACUUCUACCUGAGAAUGCAGAACAGCGAUUUCUUGCGGGAACUGGUGGUCACCAUUGCCAGGGAGGGCCUUGAGGACAAGUAUGGCUUACAGCUGAAUCCAGAAUGGCGCAUGUUGAAGUACCGGCCUUUCCUGGGAUCCAUCUCGCAGCAGAACAUCCGUUCCCAGCAGCGCCCUCGGAUCCAGGAGCUGGGAACCCUGGAUGCUAAUGACCCGGUGCAAAGCCGGCAUGGCCUAGAACGGCCUCACCUGAACCUUUGGUUGGAAGCCCCUGACCUCCUCUUGGCUGAAAUUGACCUGCCUAAGCUGGAUGGAGCUCAAGGGCUGACACUGGAGAUAGGAGAGAGUCGCCUGCUGAUGGGAGGCCCCCAACAACUGUAUCGCCUUGAUGCCUCCAUUCCCCUGCGGAUCAAUGCUGAGGCAAGCAGGGCUGCUUUCCACCGCAGGAGAAAGCAACUGAUGGUGUCUAUGCCCCUCCUGUCAGUGUCUUCUUGACUGGAGUGCUCUGUAGUUCCAGAUGUGGAGAUGUUGGUGUCUUCUCUAAGAGUGAAAUAAAACAGGUCUCCAGUUCUUUCCAUACCAUA